CCCUUCGCCCGUCGACUCGGCGGCGGUCCCGGAUCCAGCCGGGCCGCGGCUCUUGCCGCCUUGCCCCAACCCUGCUCUGCCCGGGCCCAGCCUCAGAUCGAGGCCGCCAGCGCCGUGCACCGCGGAGGAGCAGCCCGCACGCACCCCCCACCUCCACCCCGGUUCCCGCCCUGCCCGUAGCGGUCUCUCCCGGGCCCGCAGUUCCUCCGGGGCCGGGGCCCCCGCCGCCUCCGGGCCCCCGUGCCCCGGCCCCGGUUCCCCGGGCCAUGCGGCCUCGGCCCCGCCGGCGCCCGCCGCGCACCGGGGGAGAUGAGGCUCCGCAAUGGCACCUUCCUGACGCUGCUGCUCUUCUGCUUGUGCGCUUUCCUCUCUCUCUCCUGGUACGCAGCGCUCAGCGGCCAGAAAGGUGACGUGGUGGACAUUUACCAGCGCGAGUUCCUGGCACUGCGAGACCGUUUGCACGCGGCUGAGCAAGAGAGCCUGAAGCGCUCCAAGGAGCUAAACCUGGUGCUGGAAGAAAUCAAGAGGGCAGUGUCCGAGAGGCAGGCGCUGCGGGACGGAGAAGGCAAUCGCACUUGGGGCCGCCUAACAGAGGAUCCGCGACUGAAGCCGUGGAACGUCUCGCACAGGCACGUACUUCAUCUGCCCACCGUCUUCCACCAUCUGCCGCACCUGCUGGCUAAGGAGAGCAGUCUGCAGCCCGCAGUGCGAGUGGGCCAGGGCCGCACCGGAGUGUCCGUGGUGAUGGGCAUUCCGAGCGUGCGGCGCGAGGUGCACUCGUACUUGACUGACACAUUGCACUCGCUCAUCUCGGAGCUGAGCCCGCAGGAGAAGGAAGACUCGGUCAUCGUGGUGCUGAUCGCCGAGACGGAUACACAGUACACGUCGGCAGUGACAGAGAACAUCAAAGCCUUGUUCCCCACAGAGAUCCAUUCUGGGCUCCUGGAAGUCAUCUCCCCUUCCCCUCACUUCUAUCCUGACUUCUCCCGCCUUCGAGAGUCCUUUGGGGAUCCCAAGGAGAGAGUCAGGUGGAGGACCAAACAGAACCUCGAUUACUGCUUCCUCAUGAUGUAUGCACAGUCCAAAGGCAUCUACUAUGUGCAGCUGGAGGAUGACAUUGUAGCCAAGCCCAACUACUUGAGCACUAUGAAGAACUUUGCCCUCCAGCAGCCCUCUGAGGACUGGAUGAUCCUGGAGUUCUCGCAGCUGGGCUUCAUUGGGAAGAUGUUCAAGUCACUGGAUCUGAGCCUGAUCGUGGAAUUCAUCCUUAUGUUCUACCGAGACAAGCCCAUUGACUGGCUCCUGGACCACAUCCUGUGGGUGAAAGUCUGCAACCCUGAGAAGGAUGCGAAACAUUGUGAUCGGCAGAAGGCCAACCUUCGGAUCCGCUUCAAGCCGUCCCUCUUCCAGCACGUGGGCACUCACUCAUCCCUGGCGGGCAAAAUCCAGAAACUGAAGGAUAAAGACUUUGGAAAGCAUGCUCUACGGAAGGAGCACGUGAACCCACCGGCGGAGGUGAGCACAAGCCUGAAGACGUACCAGCAUUUCACCCUGGAGAAGGCCUACUUGCGAGAGGAUUUCUUCUGGGCCUUCACACCUGCUGCAGGAGACUUCAUCCGGUUCCGCUUCUUCCAGCCACUGCGCCUCGAGCGCCCAGGCAUGGCCUUCUCUCUGCUGGGCCUGGACAGGGGUUCCUGGGCAGUACUUCGGCUCAUUGGCCCGCUUGGCGUCUGUAGGUUCUUUUUCCGAAGCGGGAACAUUGAGCACCCAGAAGAUAAGCUCUUCAACACUUCUGUGGAGGUGCUGCCCUUCGAUAACCCCCAGUCAGAGAAGGAGGCCCUUCAGGAGGGCCGCUCAGCCACUCUCCGGUACCCUAGGAGCCCUGAUGGCUACCUCCAGAUUGGCUCCUUCUACAAGGGUGUAGCUGAAGGAGAAGUGGAUCCUGCCUUUGGCCCCCUGGAAGCACUGCGUCUCUCCAUUCAGACUGACUCCCCGGUGUGGGUCAUUUUGAGUGAGAUCUUUCUGAAAAAGGCCGACUAAGUAGAAGGCUUCCAAGGGUGCUCUGUGGCCGGCUCUGGAGCCCACGGUUCUGAGGGUGUCGCUGCUACUGCUGCUGCUGCCCCAGAGGACCAGGCAUAUCCACCCCACCUGGAGGGUUCUGCCUGGCAGGCGGCUCGGGCUGGCCUGGGGUUCACCGCUGGCCCGGAGGCCCCAGAAGCUGGUGCUGCUCCUGCCCGCCGGGCCGCGGGAGAGGCAGGCGGCCCCCACACUGUGCCUGAGGGCCGGCCUGCUGCCGCCCAAAAAGAACUGAACCGAACCGUUUGCCCCGGCCAGUGGUCUUGAGCCAGGCCAUUAGAAGAGCUUUUUCUUGGGUGCCCGCUGUGUGCGGCGCGGAACACUGGAAUGCAUACACUACUUUAUGUGCUGUGUUUUUUAUUCUUGGAUACAUUUGAUUUUUUCACGUAAGUUCGCAUAUACUUCUAUAAGAGCGUGACUUGUAAUAAAGGGUUAAUGAAGUAUCUCUCUCA